AUGGUAACUGACACCCAGGGACCGUGUCUCCACUGUCUCUCCUCCAGCAAUAUUUGUGUGUGUUACUUCAUUCUCUCCGCUCUUCUGCGGGCCGCUCAUCUGCGGGCCGCUCAUCUGCGGGCCGCUCUUCUGCGGGCCGCUCUUCUGCGGGCCGCUCUUCUGCGGGCCGCUCUUCUGCGGGCCGCUCUUCUGCGGGCCGCUCUUCUGCGGUCACAGACGCUUCUCUGCUCUGUUUCUCCAUUCUCUUCUUCACUUCCUCUUCUUGAGUCUUCUGUAUUCUUGGUAUUUGAGUUGAGCUUCUUGCCCAAGGCCCUUCUCGUCAGAAUUCGGCCCGAGGAUUCAGCUCCUGGGUCUCAAAUGGCCAGCACUCUGUGUCCCUUCUCCUGGGUGAAGGGACACAGGAAGAAGUCUUUCCUGUACGCUGCUCUGUACGCGGCCGUGAUCCUCGGAGGUCGUCACGUCAUGAAGCAGAGAGAGAAGUUUGAGCUGAGGAGGCCCCUGGUGCUCUGGUCCCUCACACUGGCUGUGUUCAGCAUCUUUGGCGCCGUCCGCACCGGGAGCUACAUGACCUUCAUCCUCAUGACCAAAGGACUGAAGCAGUCGGUCUGUGACCAGAGCUUCUACAACGGACCCGUCAGCAAGUUCUGGGCCUACGCCUUCGUCCUCAGCAAGGCCCCCGAGCUGGAGGUGGUCCCAGAGGCUGUCCCAGAGGUGGUCCCAGAGGUGGUCCCAGAGGCUGUCCCAGAGGCUGUCCCAGAGGUGGUCCCAGAGGCUGUCCCAGAGGCUGUCCCAGAGGUGGUCCCAGAGGCUGUCCCAGAGGUGGUCCCAGAGGCUGUCCCAGAGGUGAGGCUGUCCCAGAGCGUCCCAGAGGUGGUCCCAGAGGCUGUCCCAGAGGUGGUCCCAGAGGCUGUCCCAGAGGUGGUCCCAGAGGCUGUCCCAGAGGUGGUCCCAGAGGCUGUCCCAGAGGUGGUCCCAGAGGCUGUCCCAGAGGUGGUCCCAGAGGCUGUCCCAGAGGUGGUCCCAGAGGCUGUCCCAGAGGUGGUCCCAGAGGCUGUCCCAGAGGUGGUCCCAGAGGUGGUCGCAGCGGUGGUCGCAGAGACCAUGUGGGACACUCUGUUCAUCGUGCUGCGGAAACAGAAGCUGAUCUUCCUGCACUGGUACCACCACAUCACGGUGCUGCUGUACUCCUGGUACUCCUACAAGGACAUGGUGGCGGGCGGCGGCUGGUUCAUGACCAUGAACUACCUGGUGCACGCCGUCAUGUACUCCUACUACGCCCUGAGGGCCGCGGGCUUCAAGGUGUCCCGUAAGUUUGCCAUGUUCAUCACGCUGACGCAGAUCACGCAGAUGCUGAUGGGCUGCGUGGUCAACUACCUGGUGUACUCGUGGAUGCAGCAGGGCCAGGCCUGCCCCUCCCACGUGGAGAACAUCGUCUGGUCCUCCCUCAUGUACCUCAGCUACUUCGUGCUCUUCGUCCAGUUCUUCUACGAGGCCUACAUCACCAACAAGUCCAAGAAGAUGGCCGCCGCCGCCGCCGCCAAAGAGAAGGAUCAGUAA